AUGUACUGCAGAAGCAUGUGCUGUUACCGCUGGUCUUGUGACGAGCGUCUGGAUGGAAAGACCGUCCUCAUCACAGGUGCCAACACUGGGAUCGGCAAAGAAACUGCCAGAGACUUGGCGAGGAGAGGUGCUCGCAUUGUGAUGGCGUGCAGAGACUUGGAGAGGGCAGAGGAGGCCAAACAGGACAUAGUGGAAGACACCGGGAAUGAGAAUCUUGUCAUCAGGAAACUGGAUCUGUCCGACACAAAGUCCAUUAGAGCGUUUGCUGAACUCAUCAACAAAGAGGAAAAACAAGUCAAUAUUCUCAUAAACAAUGCUGGUAUCAUGAUGUGUCCUUAUUCCAAAACGGCAGAUGGCUUCGAAAUGCAACUGGGAGUCAAUCAUUUGGGCCACUUCUUGUUGACAUAUCUACUCCUGGACCUUAUCAAGCGCUCUGCUCCUUCCCGCAUAGUCGUGGUGGCCUCCGUGGCUCACACAUGGACUGGACUUCGUCUGGAUGACAUAAACAGCGAGAGGAGUUAUGACACUAUGAAAGCCUAUGGACAGAGCAAGUUGGCUAAUGUUCUUUUUGCCCGAUCACUAGCCAAAAGAUUACACGGCACUGGGGUGAGUGUGUUUUCUCUGCACCCGGGAGUAGUGCAGUCAGACCUAUGGAGGCACCAGCACCAGUGUAUCCAAGUGGCAGUGAAGAUUUUUAGGAUAUUUACAAAGACAACAGUGGAAGGGGCACAGACAACUCUAUACUGUGCGGUGGAGCCCGGUCUGGAGAGUCAGAGUGGAGGCUAUUUCAGUGACUGUGCGGCUGCGAGAUGCUCCAGAGCUGCUUCCAACGACGACUCUGCCCAGAAACUGUGGGAGAUCAGCUGCAACCUGCUCAGCAUCACUGCAGUUAAAGCAGUCGUCGGCAGAGGGCAGCGUGAGCCUCAUGAGCCUGAAGCCCACUCUUUACCAAACAAGAGCAAGUUCCUGACGCAUGCGCAGUGUAAGGCUACGUCAGCUCUCCUUUCUAAGCUACAGUUGCGACGUGGCCUUCAGUCUCCUACUUCACUCUCCGUUUCUCUCCUCAAACAGACUCCAGCAGGCGCAAACACAGACGCGAUGGAUCAAGUAAUGCAGUUUGUUGAGCCCAGUCGGCAAUUUGUCAAAGACUCGAUAAGGCUCGUAAAACGAUGCACAAAACCUGACAGAAAAGAAUUCCAGAAAAUCGCAAUGGCCACAGCAAUAGGAUUUGCCAUAAUGGGUUUCAUCGGAUUCUUCGUCAAACUUAUCCACAUCCCAAUCAACAACAUCAUCGUUGGUGGUUAA